CCAGUAUUGAAUCUUUGGGGGGGAGGGAUCCUCUGCACAACUACGGCAGGAUAACGGCUGUACUUUUCGAGUAGUGCUGUUCCGGUCGAGCAGACGGCGGAGUCGGAGAGAGUUUAAACGGAGAGACUCAAAAAUAGCUUCCAAAGGCGAUUAGCUAUGACGGGAGGAAACACUGGGGCUUCGUGGGAAUCUACGUAAAAAUAAGAGGAUGAGGAUUCCUCCGGUGUGGGCGCUGGGCGCUUGCCAGACUGGGUGAAGGCCAAUCCGAGAGCUGAAGAAAAACCCACCAACCGGGGCUGCAGAGUGGGACCUCCGUGCAGGUUCACGCGGCCGUUGGCAAGGUGGAGCUUCCUGACCCAUGGAGAAUUACUUCCAAGCCGAGGCCUUCAACCUGGACAAGGUGCUGGACGAGUUCGAGCAGAACGAAGAUGAGACAGACACGUCAAUUCUCUCGGACGCCAAGUGGACGCAGAUCCUGGCUCCGCCCGCCCACAUGCUCUCCCUGAAUCCCGCUCUGGCCCACGCUGACAUCAGCCCCCGGGAGAGCCCGCUGCCCUUCAAGACCCCUCCCGACCCGUCCAGCACCUCCUCAGGACCCGACCCCAAAAGGCCAUCGGGUCCUGAGCAUCCACCCUGGGCGGAGGAGAGGCCGGCGGACAUCCACAGCCCGCCUCUCCCUCAGCCCAACAUCGGAAAGCUGGUGGGCGCCGACGACGUCUCGCUAUGCGGCGUCGUGGAGAACGGCUGCACAGGAUGCCCACAGACCGAUUCUCCUGCUGAGGUCCAGCUUGGUAACGAGGAGGAACCUUCAUCAGUGGGCGGUGGAGGCUCUUGCUUCACGUUUAAGAUGGGAUUAGCAGAGGAACGGACUCUUUCUGAGGAUAAUCCUCCACAUGUGACUCAAAAUGGAGGAGAGUUGAAAGAUGAGAACUGCUCUGCUGUUUUGCAGGACUUUGAGCAGGAAGGAAAAAGUUUAAAUUCUGAGGAGCUCGGAGGAAGUGUGAAUGGGAGUCAGACUGUCCAGGCGGAGGUUGAGGAGAACAGUUUGCCUCCUCAUGGCAGCGACGGAGCGCAGGAGGAGGAGGAGGAGGGGGGGAGAAAAUGUGCUGAAAACGGACAAACAGAGCAGAAAGUCAGAACUGGAAUCCUUCCUAACGGUCUGGAGAUGGAGAAUGGAAGCAGCUUAAAGGUCAGCGCAGCGGAGGACACCGAGGACCUUUCUCCGUCUCCUGUCCCGUCCAAGGAGGACUCUGUGACCGAAGAGAAGGAGAUGGAGGAGAGCAAGCAGGAGCUGAGCGACGGCGGAGCGGCCGGGUCCGGCGGCGUCCAAACCAAACUGAACAACAACCGGCUGCAGCCGGUGAGCGUUCCCUACGGAGGAGCGCGGCCCAAGCAGCCAGUCAGCCUCAAGCUGCAGAUCCCGCAGCCGCUGUCCGGCCAGGUCCAGAACCAGCUCGGCGCCAAGAACAAGAACAUGGACAGCAGCUGCCGCAGAGGCACCCCCACCGACCCGGCGCCAGGUGGGACGGGUCAGAGUUUGCUCAACGGAAACGGAGGAACCCGCUCUCCUUCGCUGAUGGCGUCUGAGAGCCCCGACAACGACCUUCAGGCCGGGCAGCAGGGGGCGCUGUGCAGGAAGGUUGCCAGCUCGCUGGGAGAGGUGGCUCCUGUGUGGGUGCCCGACUCGCAGGCCCCGGUCUGCAUGAAAUGCGACGUCAAGUUCACCUUCACCAAGAGGAGGCACCACUGCAGGGCCUGCGGCAAGGUGUUCUGUGCAGCGUGUUGCAGCCUGAAGUGUAAGCUGCUCUACAUGGACAGGAAAGAGGCCCGAGUUUGUGUCACCUGUCAUUCUGCCCUGACAAACGUUCAAUCAGCGGAGACGCCGGCUACUGCAGUCAAUCAGAGUCCAAACCCGAACAACCCGGCGGAGUACUGCUCCACCAUCCCCCCCCUGCAGCAGGCGCAGGCGUCCGGGGUCCUCAGCUCGCCGCCUCCCACUGUCAUGGUGCCCGUGGGAGUCCUGAAGCAAUCCGGCAAUGAAGGCUCCCUGUCGCGGGACCAGAGGAGGGUUUGGUUCGCCGACGGGGUUCUUCCAAACGGAGACGCAGCAGAGUCCUCCAAACCGCCGUCCUCCGGCUCGGCGUCCUCGCAGUCACGGGUCGCCUCCAACAAGUCCGCCACGCCGGAGGCCUCAGAGGCGGCCCAGAGCCCCGCUGCGCCGGCGGGCAGCCCCGUGGGCAGCUCCCUCAGCCUGAUCCCGGAGGACGGGCUCCCUCCCAUCCUCAUCUCCACCGGAGUCAAAGGAGGUACGGGAGGCCACAUCACAGAUUACGCCGUGGAGGAGAGACCGUCGGAGAUCGUCCUCAUGCAGCAGUUGGAGGAGGGAGGCCCGGACCCCCUGGUGUUCGUGCUUAAUGCUAACCUGCUAGCCAUGGUCAAGCUGGUCAACUAUGUUAACAGGAAGUGCUGGUACGUGACGACUAAAGGCAUGCACGCCGUCGGCCAAGCCGAGGUCGUCAUUCUGCUCCAGUGUUUACCCGACGAGAAAACCAUCCCCAAAGACAUCUUCACACACUUUGUGCAGCUCUACCAAGAAGCCCUAAGUGGCAACGUGCUGAGCCACCUGAGUCACUCGUUCUUCACCCAGAGCUUCCUGGGCAGCAAGGAGCACGGCGGCUUCCUCUACAUCAGCCCGUCCUUCCAGUCGCUGCAGGACCUGCUGCUGCCCAACCCGCCCUACCUCUUCGGCAUCCUCAUCCAGAAGUGGGAGACGCCGUGGGCCAAGGUCUUCCCGAUCCGCCUCAUGCUGCGGCUGGGCGCGGAGUACCGAUUUUAUCCGUGUCCCCUGUUCAGCGUUCGCUUCAGGAAACCUCUAUUUGGAGAGACCGGACACACCAUCAUGAAUCUGCUAGCAGAUUUCCGUAACUACCAGUACACUCUGCCGGUGGUGAAAGGUCUGGUUGUGGACAUGGAGGUGAGGAAGACGAGCAUUAAGAUCCCCAGCAAUCGAUACAAUGAGCUGAUGAAGGCCAUGAAUAAGUCCAAUGAACACGUUCUGGCCAUGGGGGCGUGUUUCAACGAACGGGCCGACUCCCAUCUGGUGUGCGUCCAGAACGACGACGGGAACUACCAGACGCAGGCCAUCAGCAUCCAUCAUCAGCCGCGCAAAGUUACUGGAUCCUGCUUCUUUGUUUUCAGUGGUGCGUUGAAAGCCUCGUCCGGCUUCUUGGCUAAGACCAGCAUAGUAGAAGAUGGUGUGAUGAUCCAGAUCACAGCAGAGACCAUGGACUCUCUACGGCAAGCCCUGAGGGACAUGAAGGACUUCACCAUAACCUGCGGGAAGGCGGAUCAGGAGGAGAACCCGGAGCUCGUCCACAUCCUGUGGACUGAAGACGACCAGAACUUCAACAAAGGCGUCAUCAGCCCGAUCGACGGGAAAUCCAUGGAGUCCAUCACCAGCGUGAAGAUCUUCCAUGGCUCCGAGUUCAAAGCCAACGGCAAAGUCAUCCGCUGGACCGAGGUGUUCUUCCUGCAGAGCGAGGACCAGCCCAGCGGGCUCAGCGACCCGGCCGACCACAGCCGGCUGGCAGAGAACGUGGCGCGGGCGUUCUGCAUGGCGCUGUGUCCGCACCUCAAGCUUCUGAAGGAGGACGGCAUGGCCAAGCUCGGCCUGAGGGUCACGCUCGACUCCGACCAGGUGGGUUACCUGGCAGGAAGUAACGGCCAGCCCCUCCUUCCUCAGUACCUGAGCGACCUGGACAGCGCCCUGAUCCCCGUCAUCCACAGCGGGGCGUGUCAGCUGAGCGAAGGCCCCGUCGUCAUGGAGCUCGUCUUCUACAUCCUGGAGAUCAUCUCCUAGGAGACACAAACACUCGCAGACUUCUUCUUUCUUUCCUUCUUUUUUAGCACCAUCUCACAGCCUGGUCCUCCUCCCAUCUCCCUCCAACCAUUUGCGCCUCAAAAAGAACCAGAAAACUGUGCCGGUCCGGUUCGGUUCGGUCCGGUCCGGGUAGCAUUCCUCCAGUCCAACCUAUGCAUCCUCCGCCGUCUGCUUCCAUCCAGAGGUGAAGCUCAGAGCAGAGAGUCUGUCCUGACCGCCACGCUCCGGCCUCCGAAGGGUUAAAUCCACGAACAGCCCAGUGACGUUCGCCCCGCCACCUUCUUCAAACCUAAACAAGUUGGUGUCGAACUUUUGUGCUGCAAAACUUUUCAUUGGUGCCGCUAUCACUUUAAAGAUUUUAGUAAACGUUUCCAGAGGUCAUGAAAGGUCAACCAGCCGCCUCCUUCCAGUCAGACUAAAUCUGAUGCCAAUCAUCUCGGCUGGAUUAGUGCAGCAAAAAUGUUACGUUUGUGCUGCUUUUGAUAUCUAAACGUUCAUUAAUACCUUCACAGCAAACGUCAACAAGCCCCCUCACAUGACCCAGAUCCAACAGAAUUGGUGCCAAACGUUUGUGCUGCAAAGAUUUUCAUUUGUGCCGCUAUCAUUUUAAAGAUAAUAAAUGUUUCCAGAGGUCAUGAAAGGUCAACCAGCCCACUCCACCAACUUCCUCAAUCAGACUAAAUUCCAUGUCAACUCAGUUACGUUUGUGCAGCGAAAAUUAAUUUGUGCUGCUUUUGCAUUGAAGAUAUUAAUGGAAGUUUAAAUGUCUCAAGGUCAAGCAGACUCAUCACAUUAACCAGACACAUAAUUGGUGUCAAACGUUUGUGCUGCAAAGAUUUAAAUUUGUGCCGCUAUCAUUUUAAAGAUAAUAAAUGUUUCCAGAGGUCAUGAAAGGUCAACCAGCCCACUCCACCAACUUCCUCAAUCAGACUAAAUUCCAUGUCAACUCAGUUACGUUUGUGCAGCGAAAUGUGCUGCUUUUGCAUUGAAGAUAUUAAUGGAAGUUUAAAUGUCUCAAGGUCAAGCAGACUCAUCACAUUAACCAGACAUAAUUGGUGUCAAACGUUUGUGCUGCAAAGAUUUAAAUUUGUGCCGCUAUCAUUUCAAAUGUAUUUCCAGAGGUCGAACAAGGUCAGCCAGCCCCUCCAUCUUCUUCCAUUCUGACUAAAAUUUCUGUAAAAUGUUUAAUUUGUGCCGUAAGUUUGCAGAGGUCAUCAGAGGUCAACCAGCCUCUCACUCACAUUCACAAACUCAAACAAAUUUGAUGACGAUCAACUCGGCUACGUUUGUGCAGCAAAAACCUAGUUUGUGCUGCUUCGGAUUUGCGGAUAUCGAUGAUGACCUCUGGCGACCUCUGGAGCUAUUUUUCUAUAUUUUGAAAAUGAUAGCGGCACAAAGAAAAACAUUUGACGCU